UCGUCCACGUUAAGUCGGGGUAGUUGACAAGAACUAUUCCCACAGAAGAGGAAGAAACGACGGGAGAAAAAUAGAGAGAUGGGAGAGGAGAAUAAGGUGGAAGAUGAAGCCUUGCAGAUAUUAGGUCUCUUCGAAACUUUACCUCGUUUGGUUGUAUUUGAUCUCGAUUACACUAUCUGGCCAUUCUACUGUGAAUGUCGGUCCAAGCGCGAGAUGCCGAAGCUUUAUCCACAUGUAAAUGGCAUAAUAUCUGCGCUGAAGGAUAAGGGAAUUGAUAUGGCCAUUGCUUCUAGAUCACCGACGGCCGAUAUUGCAAAGACUUUUCUUGGCAAAUUAGAGAUUCAGUCCAUGUUUGUUGCCCAUGAGAUUUUCUCCAGUUGGACUCAUAAGACUGAGCAUUUCCAGAGAAUCCAUAGACGAACUGGGGUGCCCUUCAACUCAAUGCUUUUCUUUGAUGACGAAGAUAGGAAUAUUGACACGGUCUCAAAAAUGGGAGUGACAAGCAUUUUGGUGGGUAAUGGGGUUACCCUUGGAGCCUUCAGAGAGGGCCUGACAAAAUUUUCCCAGACUUCGGGUUCAUCUAGCACGAGCAAAUCUAAAUGAUGUUUUUUUUUUUGCUUGUGGAUUUAAAAUACAUCGAUAUAUGAUUCCUGCGGGUCUUCCCAAUAUUACAGUAUACUGGUUUACAGUAUAGCCAUGAACGUGAUAUUCUGCUAACGUAAAACAACAAUGAUUGGUGAUUAUGAGAUUGAAAUGAUAUUAUAUUUGGUCAUA